UACAAUGUAGAAAAUAGUAAAAAUGAAGAAAAACCCUUGAAUGAGUAGGUGUGUCCAAACUUUUGACAGGUACUGUAUGUGACCCCACAAUUUCAACAUUAGUGACAAGUAUUUGCACAAUAUUUUGUUUGUUGCUUUUGUGUGUGGUGGAGGAUUGUUAUCACGUUUCAUCAUUGUCUCAACAUAUUGGUUUUAAGUCUGAUGGACCUAGACAUUGUGACUGACCUAUAGAAGUAUGGUGGAAUAUCACUAGUAAGUUUGUUUUAUUCUCCAGUAGCUGCCUGUACCACAGCACAUCAAGUCUGUGAAUAUCAAACUAACAGCUUCUUCACCCAAAAUGGUGUAUGCAUAUUAUAAGAUGUGUGCAUGAAGUGUAUUAUGUUACACAUCAGAUGUAAUAUUCCUGUUGUCAUUCUGAAAUACAUUGAAGUAGAAACUUAGUGUGGAAUGGAUUAGGUCCGGGAUCUUUUAACCACUGUUAGUAAUGUCAUGAUCUCCCUGGCCAAUCAGAAAUCGAAGACUGACAAAUGCUAUAGUAACACAAAUUGUGCAAUGACUUUUGACAUCCUGGAGUGGUGGACUUCCCGUCUCACGGUAUUUAAGGCUCAGGCGUACAUGCUGUAUGGUCACUGGGUGUGCACCGUGAGUAUCUUGUAGGCACAGCAGGAAAAUAUUAAGGACCUUGAACUUGGAAUCUGAAGAACCCUGCCAUUCACUAGUUCCUGCAACAACAAGCAGCAUCAAGGAUGGAAGCAAGCCUCUGCAAUAUUUCGGACAACAUCACAUCAAAUAGGAGCCUCAUUGAAACCGUUGUACAGUGGACAACAUUCUCCAUUGGUUUUCCUCUGAUCUGUCUGUCAAUUUAUGCCAUGUAUUUCCUGAUCAGAGCUGAUCACAUCGCUCCAGUCUAUGUAAUCAACCUUCUUAUUGCAGAUCUCAUUCAGAUUUCAAUGAGGCCAUUCAUACUGUCUGGUACCUGGCAAUUUAUAGUCAUGUUGAUUGAAUUCUUUGGUAUUAGUGCAAGCAUUGGUUUCAUGGUAUGUGUUGCUCUCGAGAGAUAUCUUGUGAUUGCAUUUCCUCUCUGGUACCGUUUUCGCCGUAACAUCAAAUACUCGCUCAUAAUGUCCUCCAUUAUCUGGCUUUUUCCUUUCAUCCAAAUCUCCAUGUUUUACCUCACACCGACUAUUGAAAUUUCACUUAUUUUGUUUGCAGUUAACCUCCUCAUACCCUUUCCACUGCUUGUAUUCUUCCUAGUGGGCACGUUGAAAGCUCUGUCCGUCUCAAUCUCUGUGCCAGCUGUCGAACAGAGACGGAUUAUUGGUUCCCUGGCCCUUGUGCUGGGCAAUUACACAGUCCUGUUCCUACCCCUCAUCAUACAAUAUCUGAUAUCAGGGGUAACAUGCCAACACAAUGUGGAGAUUGGGACAAUCUUUGAGAGAUUCAGCCCCCUUGUGGAUCCUCUACUCUAUGUGUUCAUGAGAAAGGGAGCUAAGGACACUCUGGCCUUCCCCUGCUUCGACAAGCUCAUGGGUGACGAGGAGCAGAGACAGGUCACAAACACUAUGACCAUGACUGAUAGUGGAGUAGAAGGCUCCAGGUAGGACAGAUCCAGGAUAAUGGACUGUAUUUGUAUGAUUCACUAUGUAUCACUCCUAUCAACUUUGUUAAAAUUAUCGGAUCGAAACGUUGUCAAAAGCGGUGAAUUGGGAGCUUUGACAGUGUGUGGCCUUGUUCUUUUCUUUGUUAAAAUUAUACCAUGCGGGCCUCCCGAGUGGCGCAGUGGUCUUAGGCGUACUACAGACCCGGGUUUGAUUCCAGGCUGUGCCAUAACCGGCCGUGACCGGGAGUCGCAAGGGGCGGCACACAAUUGUCCCAGCAUUGUCCGGGUUAGGAGACGGUUUGGCCAGGGGGGACGGAACGCUGACGUCAGUUGCCAGUGGAUGGUGUUUCCUCCGACACAUUGGUGCAGCUGGCUUCCGGGUUAAACGGGCGGGUGUUAAGGAGUGUGGUUUGUGGAGUGCGGUUUCGGAGGAUGCAUGACUCGACCUUUGCUGCAACUCCCCAACGGGCUCGGGAGAGGCAAUGAGACAAGAUCGCAAUUGGAUAUCACGAAAUUGGGGAGGAAAAAUGUGGUUAAAAUGUUUAAAAAACCUACUUUACUUUUAUUGUUGUUAAAAUGUGAAGAGUACAUGCCUUGCUUUUUAAUAUACAAUGCAUAACAUACUGUAUUGUACACAGCCCUAUUCUUCAUUGCACUAUCUUUGUUGGGCUUGUAUAGCAUCUUUUCAGAAAAAUAUGGACUCCUUUCCUUCAAUAAAUUGAUAAUGUGGAUAUUUGAGAUCACUCUUUCUCCUCUAUUGUUCCCAUUCUCUCCCGGAGUCCCUCUUAAAAGAGGACACCUGAAAGUGGUCAGAGUUGG